CGAUGAUUGCACUACCACGUUAACUUAGUGGUACUGUGCCUGGGCUUUAAUGAAAUGGAUGAGCCUAGUACCUUGACCUGUCGAGCAUUUUUGGGUUAGCUUCUUAUAAGACGUCCAGCGUAGGUGUCGAGGAGUAUGAUGUGAUCUAUCUGCAUAGGUUCAAUUGACAAUUCUAUCAGCAUCUGAGGGGGCCAUUCUGCUCUGACUAGCAGCGCAACUUUUCAGCAACACCUGGUCAUCAGCAGCCCGACUUCCUAUCACCCUCCACCAUGCGCCCACGACAGCAUCAGCAUCCAUGCCGGAGGCCGCUACAAGCGGCCACCCUAGCAUUCUUCCUCCUCGCCUGCUACUACGACCUGCCUGGCCCCAUCACCUCCGGCUUCAGCAGCGAUAGCCACUCCGCAGCAGCGGGGCCUUCACGCAACCUGCUGCUACCCUCGGCGCUGUUCGCCGCAGCGCUGCCGGAAUCCCGCCUGAUCCAGCACCCCGCCAUGCGCGACUGGGACUCCCCCGCGCUGGUCAAGUGGGAUGUGAUCAUGAAGGGGGAGGGACGCAAGGUGUACAACCCGGGUCAGGGGCAGCUGGCGUCCAACGCCUCGGAGGUGGCGGGCCACCCGGGCUACGCAUUCGACGACCUCAUGGUGGACCACCUGAAGGAAGUGUGUGAGGGCGGUGGGAAGCCCUGCAAGCGCAAGGCGUGUGCCCUGGCGCGCGGGGACUGGUGCAAGGAGUAUUACAACCAGGUCCCCAUUCCCUGGCGCCCCGCCCCCCGCGGCGACAAGGACUGCCCCGCCACCUCCAAGGGCACAUGCAACGGGAUGGGGUCCUGCCAGCACGACAUAGGGGUGUGCCUGUGUCCCGCAGGCUGGCGCGGUCCCGAUUGCGGCACCCGCGACCCGCGUCCCUGCACCCACCGCUACCGAAACAAGGAGCUGGACGGGGGCAACACUGAGCCCAUUAACCACGCCGGCCCGGAUGGUCGGGACAAGAACUGGACGGAGCCCGGUUGGACCGCCUCGCGCUGCGCAGGCUACUGCGAUGAGGAUAUCGCCAUGUGCUACUGCCCCCCCGGAACCAAGUUCGGUCGCGAGCCCGCGCCCGCCGGCUCCCCGCCCGGCACCCCGCCCGUCAAGCAGGGCCGACCCAUGGGCGACUCGUGCAAACCGAACAAGGACCCCAUCACGGGUGCCAAGGCGGAGUGGGGCGGCAUGGAGCCGGAGGUGCUGUUCGGGCCGCAGGGCUGGUGCAACUCGGAGAACCCGCUGGCACAUUGCGGGUGUGUGCUUGACGGCACCCACGGCCACCUGUGCGACCAGCCCUCGGAGGCAUUCUGCUUCAACCAGUGCUCGGGUCACGGCGAGUGCAUGACGGGUUUCUGCCGCUGCCACGAGGGCUGGUACGGCAUAGACUGCUCGCGGCAGCGGGCCUCAGCCAAGGAGAAGACGAAGGGCUUCCACGAGUCGGGCGGGGGGCGGCCCCACCUUCAGGGCCUAGUGGUGGACCCCCCCGCGGCGCAGGACCCCCCGCCGCACCCCACCCGGCGGCGGCCGCUGAUCUAUGUGUACGACACGGACCCGCUGUUCAACACCAAGAUGCUGCAGUACCGAGUUGCUAGGACCUCCUGCGUGUACCGCCUGUUCGGUGCGUCCAACGACUCGUACUUCAACUCGUAUGUGUACGCGUUGGAGAGCUACUGGAUCGAACACCUCACCACCAGCCAACACAGGACAUUCGACCCCGAGGAGGCCGACUUCUUCUUCGUGCCCGUGCAGCUCACCUGCUACCUGUGGCCGGUGCUGGGCUGGGCGGACCACCCCUGGUUCGGCAUGCCGGCAGCCCACUCCCGCGCCCACCAGGGCAGCAACAUGUACCUGCAGGCCAAGCGCUGGGUGCAGCAGCACUACCCCUUCUGGAACCGGCGGGGCGGGCGGGACCACAUCUUCAUGAUGCUGAACGACGAGGGAGGCUGCUGGAUGCCGAACGAGGUGUACCAGAGCUCCAUCGUGCUCAGCCACUGGGGCCGCAUGGACACCGAGCACGUGAGCGGUACGGCAUGGGGAUACGACAACUACACAUCCCCGCUGGAUCCAUGGCCGCCGUACGAGCUGGGCGACUGGCGCAAGAUCUACGACGGACACCCCUGCUACACACCCGGCAAGGACCUGAUCAUCCCCUCCCUCAAGCCCGCCAACCACUUCGCCUCCUCCCCGCUGCUGGGAGCCCCGCCGCUCAAGCGUGACAUCCUGCUGUACCUGCGCGGUGACACGGGGCCCUGGAGGGCGCACUGGUACAGCAGGGGCGUCCGGCAGAGGCUGGCAAAGCUGGCCUACCAGAAUAACUGGGCUGAGAAGUACCGCAUCUUCAUCGGGGAGGGGUGGCAGAUAUCGGGCAGCUACUCGGAGCACCUGGCCAGGUCGCUGUUCUGCGUGGUGGCACCGGGUGACGGGUGGAGCGCCCGAGCGGAGGAUGCCAUCCUGCACGGCUGCAUCCCCCUCGUGCUCAUGGACGGCGUGCAUGCGGUGUUUGAGAGCAUCCUGGAGUGGGACGCCUUCUCGGUGCGGCUGCGGGAGGAGGCGGUGAACGAGCACCUGCCGCAGGUGCUGCUGUCCUUCUCGCCGGAGCAGAUUGAGCGCAUGCAGCGACGUCUGGCGGUGGUGUGGCAGAGGUUCGCCUACACGGGCGGUCACCUGCUGAACCGAGACCUCCAAAACACCUACGACCACAACCGCGUUGUACGGCAGCGCAUGGCGGAUGCCGGCAUGCGACCCAACAUGACGGAGGGGGAGUUUCACUCUGUCAUGCAGCGGGUGGCGAAGGAC